AGAAGUAAGAGUUGUCAGUGGUGUUAAUCUACUACUAAGAACAGGCAUGAGUUUGUUUUCUUUCCAUCCAGCUUUUAUUCCCAGGAUAGUGAAUGUUUUGUUUGCUUCCUAGUGAUGUGCAUAGAAUAAUCAACAGCAUACCUACCAUAUUUAUGCUGAAAUAUAUAUUUUUAAAUAAUGUUUACUGAUAUUUAAAUUUCCCCCCUCUGCAGUGACACUUUUAUGCCAGCCAACCUACAUGCAUGCAGUCAUUCAAGUAGCUUAUAUCAGGUCCAAAGGCUACUCUGCAUUGUCUCUUCACUUGAAUGACCAAAACUGUAAACCAAUCCUGAAUCCUUACACUGCAGUAUUCUACAUACGAUAUGGUACCUGUGGGACAAGAAAAGAGCUACAUAAUGGAAUUAUCAGGUAUUCCAACACAGUCACAGCAUCCACUUUUGGAAGUGAUUUCACCAAGAAGAAGAAUAACCUGCUACAACUCACCUGCAAAGUGGACCAGAGAACAAAUAUCCCUGUUAAACAGCCUGCACCUGAAGUAGCUCAUCACAAACAGUUCAUUGUAAAAUUUUCUUUUUAUGCCUCAUCAUCUGUGUUACACCCAAUGAAUUCUCCGCCAUUCUAUGUAAAAAAAAAUCAGGAUUUAAUAGUUCAAGCCACCAUCUACAGCUCUGAUCCAAACCUGAUACUAUUUGCUGACACUUGUGUGGCACAUCCUAAUCUCCAUGACUUUUCAACAGUGGAAUAUGAUUUAAUCAGCAGAGGGUGUACAAGAGACUCCACCUACUCUAAUUCCUACUCAUCAGACAGAAGGAGCAUGCGGUUCAAAUUUAAACCUUUCAGGAUGCCAAACAGAUAUUCUGCACUUUACCUGCAUUGCAAAAUGGUGGUGUGCAAGAAAUAUGAUUAUUCUUCUCAAUGCUACCAGGGCUGUCUUCCUAAAAGCAACAGAAAUAAGGGUUAUGGAGAGGAGAAAGUGAUAGUUUCUGGGCCAAUUAAGCUGCGCAGAGGGAAUCCCUUCCAUUAAUUAAUAUGUUGCAUAAAUGGCUUUUGUUAUCAGAACGAUCAGUUCAUUGUGUAUCUGCCAACUAAUGAGUCCUAAAACUACAUUUUUAAUAAACAUUAGAAUAUUUGCUAUAUGAUUGUUUACAUCUAAAUAUUUUCCUAACGGUCUUUGCUGUUCUCUAAUUUUAAACCUGUCUAGAAUUCCAAAUCUGGCUAUAACAUAAUCAUCUUGAUUAUAAAAAUAGAAUUAGACUGGCUGAUUUGAUUUUUCUGAUCCAUAUUUUGUCACAUUCUUGUGCCUA